AUGACGACCGCCCACAGACCGACAUUUGACCCGGCUCGCGGCAAGGAGGCCCCCAAAGGCCCUGCCUACCACCAGCGUCUGCUGCCAGCGCACACGCAGCUCAAGUACCGCAAAGCUGGCCAGGGGGGCUCCGCCGACUCCCAGGUGCGCGACCUGCAGGCCGAGCUGCUCGCAGCCGAGGCUGCCCACUAUGCCAAGCUCCGCGGCGGCCCUGCUCCGUCGGCGUCCGACGACGAUGCGGCAUCCAUUGCUGCGAAGCGGCGACUGAUUACCGAAGGCACAGACGAAGCCGAGGCGAAGCGAAGGCGAAUCCUCGAAGAGACACGCGACAUUGACGCCGAUGACGAUUCAGACUCGGACGACUCGGACAAGGAUGGCGACAACAAGGAUGACGAUGGCGACGAUGAUGAGGAGGAGGAGGAGGAGGACGACGACGACGACGACGACAGUGACGAGGAGAGCGACGACGAAGACGAGACGGCGGCGCUGCAGCGCGAGCUGGAAAAGAUCAAGCGCGAGCGGGCCGAAAAGCGGGAACGAGAGGAACGCGAGAGAGAGGCGGCCGAGGCCGAAGAGCGUGAGCGCGACAUUGCUCGGGGCAAUCCGCUGCUGAACAAGCCGGAUUUCACAAUCAAGCGGCGCUGGGACGACGACGUCGUGUUCAAGAACCAGGCCCGCGGCACCGACGACAAGGGCAAGCAAAAGGAGUUUAUCAAUGAUCUCCUCCGCUCCGACUUUCACAAGCGUUUCAUGAACAAAUAUGUUCGAUGA